GCAAACCCACUAGCUUUGGCAACUUACAUGAAUGAUUAGUCAUUCCUUUUAUGCCUAAGCACCUACAUAUGUACAUAUGCCCAUAACUUUAUUACUACCUUGAGAUCGCUCCUGCUUCAUUAUUAGUAGAAGCAGGAGUCAUCGAUGUAAAGCACCUCCUUCCAUUAUACUAGACCUAGCCUCCCCCCUCAGGGAUAUUUAAACACCAGCCUUCCGCCCCUGGCCCCGCCUAUCCUUAACUUUUCACUUGUCGACUUUCAUCUUCCCGAUUACCUAGGUACUCUGAGUCUUCUUCUGGUAGCAUCACAAAUAUUCGCAAGUCCGCAUCUAUCACAUAGAAACUAAUAAAAUCCGACAUCUUAAUAUCAUCUAACAGAAAAUAUGUCGUCGACCAAGUGUGCCGUGUGCUGGAAGGAUGGCGGUAAACUUUGCACGACCUGCAAAAGCUGCCACUAUUGUUCUAAGGAGUGCCAGAGCAACGACUGGAAGUCUCACAAGCUUUUGUGCGAAGCCAUCGUAACACAACCCAACCGUCCAUCCCCCGCUCACGUUAGAGCUAUCCUCUUCCCGGAUGAUAAGCCAACUCCGGAACUUGUGUGGGUUCCCUGCCGCCCACAGCAUAUCUCCUCGGAACCCAACAUCCCCGAAUACAAUGCAGUUCGUGACCUCGUGGUGACCGACAGCCAGAAAGAUGACGCCGUCUUCCUCCGAAUUGAUUACGACUACCGACACAACGAGUCUAAGUACCCAGAUCGACUCCUCGAGAUCUGGCACCGCAGCCACCACCGCUCUGAUGGAUCCACUCCUACAACCAGCUACUACAAGACGGUAAAGCCCCAUGGCAAAACCCAACUGGACUGGCGAGGCCCGCUACUCGCCUUCGGCAUCGCUACCAAAGACCCCCUAGGGGACGAUGAUCAACGGGUCAAGCGAUACGCCGACGCUAUACUAGCUGACCUUCGAGGCAUUGUCGAUCACGCUGUGUGUUACCACCGGGAUAAUGAUAAUCUAAUCAAGGAUAUGCUCGAACUCUCGAGUGCUGGGGUGAGAGUUAUGGCGUCGUCGGGCUUGAUACCAUCAGUUUUGCCUCGUAGUGGAAAGAAACAAGAUGAUGGACGUAAGAAGGGAGGUAAGGGAGACGAUUCUAAACGGGCAUCAUCGUGAACUUCACUCUUCGACCGCCGAAAACAAUUAUUUAUGCUAAUUUGCGUCAUCCUAAAGAAAUUAGUUGCA